AGAAACACACAACUUGCAAUAUGUGUACGAGAAAGUGUUCACUGUGCAUCGCGGGAGGUUUGUACCCAUUAGCGCUCAUCUCCGUAAUCUGUAAUAUAAUACUGUUUUUUCCCGGUUUGGAUGUUAAAUAUGCGCUAAAUGGACAAAUUACAGAGGAGGUAAAAAAACUGGGAGGACUGGUUGGAGGAGGUGUACUGGUGAGUUUAUAGAAAAAUUAUUAGGAUAUAUAUUUAUCCUAUGUAAAUGUAAAAAUUUGCUCAUAUGACUAUUAGGUUUCAAAGAAGAUACUGUGGUUCUUAUAAGUUGCAUGCUGUUUGCUACAGAUAACUUAUUUGUAAAAUCUGCCUUCAUUUAAUCAGUUUAAUGAAAAAUUUAAAGAAAGUAGGCAAACAAAAGUUAUGCAUGAGAAACCCAAAGAUAUGGUUCUUAAUGAAUUUUCUAUGUAAAGAUGUUGCAUCAAUUAGGCAUUGCAUAAAUGUGACUGGUGAAUGUACAAGAUGAUUUAUUCAGUGUUAAAAACAAUCUGAAAUAAAUCAAAUAUGAAAUGACAAAAUAAUGAAACAAAAAAAAUGUCUCUAUUUGCAGGUAUUGAUACCUGCAGUUCAUAUUCACAUGACUGGAAAGCAUAGCUGCUGUGCUAACCGCUGUGGGAUGUUUCUGUCCUUUAUACUUGCAGCAGUGGGCGUAGCUGGUGCCAUUUAUAGUUUCAUAGUGGCACUGUUGGGCCUAUUGCAUGGGCCCUACUGUAAUGCUGGUGGUGUCUGGGUAACUCUCUCUGAAUUAAUGCGUGUAAAUUACCUUGAACACCCCGAUUUAUGGGGAGAAUUUUGCAUUGAGCCAAAGAACGUGGUGGAGUUUAAUGUGGUUCUGUUCUCAAUACUGAUGUUGGUCAACAGUCUGCAGAUCAUCCUUUGUGCUAUACAGAUGAUCAAUGGCCUUUUCGGAUGCCUUUGUGGAACCUGCAGGGAUACAAGACACACCAAUAUAACAGUAACCUCCGCUGUAAAUGUUUCACUGUAAAGAUCACACCCUUCAUAUCUUCCAUCCUGUCUCUUUAACCGGCUAACUUGGGUCCAAGAUGUAUUGUAUUGUUCAUAUUCAUUGAAUAUAAUUUAGAUGUAUGUGAGAUCUAAAUGCAUAAAUGUUAUAACAUAUGUAUAACAUUUCAAUACACAUUUAUUGGUACUUUUUCAUUUUUAGUUUACAUAUUAGCUUUGCACUGUUUGUUAUUAAUA